UAAUUAGGAAAAAAAAAAAGAGAAAAAAACCCUAGCUCUCUUUCGUCUCUGCUGACUCGCGACGACAACCAUGGAGGGCAGCACCAUGUCGUUUUUCGGUGUUGAGGUCAAAAGUGGACAGUCUCUUAAGGUUGAACCUUCCAGGGACAAGGUUUUGCAUCUUUCACAGGCUGCCCUUGGCGAGGUGACUGGUGAUGCCAAGAAAGACAAAGGAAAUGAAUCUGUUUACCUGUAUCUCAAGUUUGAUGGUCAGAAGUUUGUUCUAGGAACACUUUCACAUGAUAAAUUCCCACUGAUACCUUUUGAUCUGGUGUUUGAGAAAGAAUUUGAGCUUUCCCAUAGCUGGAAGAUUGGUAGUGUCUAUGUUUCCGGCUAUUAUGUUUAUUAUCAAUCAAAGGAAUCUGAUGUAGAUGAGCUUGAACUUCCAGCAGCAAAGACUGAUACUACCGAGCCUACUGCUAAGCAAGUGAAGAUUGUGGAACCAAAAAAGGAAGAAGAUGGUGGUGAUGAUAAUCAUUCUUCUGAUGAGGAUGAUUCUUCUAAUGAUGAUGAGUCCAAUGAUGAUCAGGAUCAAGAGUUGUUGCAUAAUGGUGAGAAUGAGAGUGAUGAAGACUCUGAAAGUGAUGAAGAGGAUAGCGAUGAUGAAAGUUCAGAUGAGGAUCAAGAGACACCUGAGAAGGUUGAACCAAGCAAGAAGAGAUCUGCAGAACCUUCUACCCCCGUUCCUGGUAAAAAGGCAAAAGUGGAAAACCCUGUGAAGGCUGGUAUGUUUCUUUGUGAUCCUUUGGGUUUGAUAGAAGCAUAACACUGAGCACAUGUAACUUGGUAGUAACCCAUUAACCACACAAAGGUUGUCUUCCCUUAUUAUCCCUCCUCUUAUGUAAUGAAAUGAUUAUUUUUUCCUUUUAGGUAAACUAAUGAGGUACAUGUUGCCAGCUUUGGUCUGGAUUAAAACUGGUUGUAGUUUUUAUUUGAAUUUAUGAUAGUUCUCUAAGUUAUGAUGCAGAUGGCAAGAAAGUGGGUGGUCACACAGCAACUCCUCACCCUUCUAAGCUAGAUGAAAAGACCAUUGCCAAAAAUGCUCAGACGAAGCAGACUCCAAAAGCUGUUGGUUCGCACGUGUGCAAUUCUUGUGGCAGGAAAUUUGGGUCUGAUCAUGCUUUGCAAGCUCAUUCAAAGGCCAAACAUAGUGCUGCAGCAUAACGUGCUUAAUAUUCUAGUCUGACACCUCAUCGCCCAAAUUUUUCUUAACCUGGUACUUUGGGAUGGGGGUGCAGAGGAAGCCGGGCAGAGUUACAUGAAUAUGAGAAUAGGUUAAGGUUAUAAUCAGGUGUAUAGCUUGUUUUUGGUUUUUCUGUACCCACCUGUAUGGGGUAUUUAGUAACCUGAAUGUUAGACCUGCUCGGAUUUUCUGUGUUGGUUUUGAAACUUUGAAUGCUGUUUUUAUUUUUAUUUUUUUCGAUGGGAUUGAAUACUGUUUUUAAGUCUAUAUAUAGGCAAAAUAUUUCAACAAAAAAGUAUUGAAAAU